AUGUGGUUAUUAGUUAAAGAGCUAGAUGGAAAUAUUCCUUUAACUAUUGAGUAUACUUAGAGAUAUAAAAUAGCCUUGAAUAAUAAAAGAUAAUUAUUGUACAGUAUUGGUGAUAGCGCAACUAUAAUGCUAGAUUUGUCAACUAUUGCAGUACCUGGUAAAUGGUUUAUGAUUUUUCAAAUGGCGAAUACUGAGGGUUAGUUUUCAAAGAUAAAUGUGGCUUAUAAAGAGGCAGGAAUUAACGGGCUUAGCAGUAUAUCAAAAAUAAUAGAAAGACCAUGGAAUUAUAAAGGAGAUCCCAAUACCAUUUUAUUGCAAUUCUUAAUAACUUCUUACUCAAAUACAAAAAUAUUUAUUAGAGAUUUAUAAUACUGGAAGACUUCGCUGUCAUUUGAUUUUUACAUCGCCAAUAGAUUAUAUACAGCUUUAGAUCCUGUGAAAAUGCAAUCGAAAGGACUAAUUGCUUACUUUAAAAUGGAUGAGUCUGGCGGAAAUUAUGUGUACAAUCAUGCCUUGCUUGAAAGCUUUUAGUCAGUUUCAUAGCCUUAUUUCUCUAUAGAAAUUAAUUACAGGUGGUAUUUUUAUUCAGAUUUAAAUGCAGAUCCAUACUCUAACAGUUAAGAAGACAUGAAAUUUCUUUUUUGCAAGGAGCCAUAUUCGAGAUUACUAGAUAAUCACUGUGAUUACUUUGACUCGUGCCAUUCAGACACUCCUACAGAUGAUUGUUUAGGACCAGAAUAUUCAGAUAUUUCUACUUGUAUCAAUUUAGACUAGAUUUAUUCCUUAGAUGACAAGGAAUGCUAUGAUUGUCAUCCUUUUUGUAUAAACUGCAAUUUACCAUACUAAGCUGAUGCAUGUAUAAGCUGCAUUCCAGGCUACUUUAAAGUUAAUGGAAUUUGCUCUAGUUAGUGCCCUGAUAAUACUUUCUAAGUUAAUGAAGAAUGUAUUUAUGUUGAGAGGAUAAUCUCAAUGCUUGUCUUGCAUGUUUUAACUAAUCCCAUUAUUUUCUAGAAGACAUUCAGAAGUGUGUUGAAUAUACACCAGAUUUUAAGUUUUAUGAUAAUAUCACCUAGCAAUUUUAAGACUGCCAUCCUUUGUGCAAAAGAUGCUUUAAAGAUGACUAAUACAGUUGCCUUGAAUGUGCAGAGAAUGCAACAUUACUAGCACCUAAUUAUUGCAACUAUUUUACAUGCAUGA